AUGACCAGGUGGGCUCUGCGGGUGCUGACGGUCCUGAUAUUGGCCAGGGUCCUGGUUGUCCCAGUGACCCCUGUCCCAGCCUUCCAGAUCCCUCCUCCAAACUGUUCUCAGACCACUUCUUGUCCCCUGGCCUCAGCAAGGCCCUCAGCUACCACCACAGGCCUCUCCUCUGCCUGGGGACAGCCCAGCCCUAGCCCCCGCCUUGGUCCACGCAUCACCCUCUCACUGGAUGUCCCCAUCGGCCUCCUGCGGAUAUUACUGGACCAGGCCCAGACCAGGGCCGCCAGGGAGCAGGCUGCUGCCAACGCCCAUAUCCUGGCCCAUGUUGGCUGAUGCUGAGGAAGAGGGGAAACCUAGAGGAUGGCGGCAGCUGGACAAUGUUACACCUGGGAAGAGUGUGCCUACAUGCUGCUUCAGCAGCCUCCUGUCAUGUGCUGUCAUAUCUCCUUGGAGUGCUCCACAGAUGCACAGUCUGGAGCUUACUUUGUUGAGUCACUGCUGUGUGGAGCCCUGCCAAGCCUGUGUGUACCCUGGACUCACAGUAUGUCUGCAUAGCUUGGAUAGUACCGUGUUAGGUCACUGCCAUGUGGAAUCUUCCCUGUCUGGGCACCCUGCAGUCACUGAACAUCCACACACUCUCACGCUGGGUCACAGCUGUGUUCCAUUCAUGAGCUGAGACACAGGAGCCCAGUGCUCCAUCUGAAGCAGUCACUUCAGGCCCACAGUCUGGGCCCCCACAUGUACCACACAGAGUGUGCUGUCUGAGGGUCAUGUGCAUAUUUUGUGCACAUGGAAGCAGACUCCUGAGGCACAGACACCCAGCCAUAUGUGGAAAGUCUGGCCAUGGCAGUCUUACCUCAUCGAUGUGUGUGUCCACAUGGCUGAGUCUCUGUGUGCUGCCCAUUACAAGUUUCUGACAGCUGUGAGUGUGAGCAAUGUGGGGAGCUCAUCCUCCAAGUCUGGGUGAAACACACACAACACACAGCUGGUCACUGUCCCUUACCCCUGCCCACCCAGCCUUGACCCUGGACACGUGUGGCUCAGGAGAGAGGGAGCUCAUGCUGUCAGGGCUCUAACCCAGCUCUCCCCCUUCCUCACUAAAAUGUUCUCAGCAAAGAUGUCACCUUUCUGGGCCUUGGUCUCCUUAUCUGUAAAGCCAGGUGAUGUUCCCCAGCUUCUCAUGUGAAGAGGGACAUUCACGUCUGAAGACUGGUUAGCUGCAAGAGGCAGUCAA